AUGGGUAAAACAAUAAGUGGUUCUGGUGAAUUUUGCAAGGGAAGCUUUGGAGUGCUAUUGCCUAUGAUGAGGAAACUGCAUACCACCUUCUCACGUCAAAAAGGAGUGAAACCUGGCCAUUUUGUGGUGAUUACAACCCAAGGAUGGAAACCAGAGCGAUUCUUUAUUGAAUUGGGAUAUUUGGAUCACCCUGACUUUGUGAAGUUGCUAAAGCAGGCUGAAGAAGAGUUCGGGUUCUCUCAGAUGGGAGCACUUUCAAUUCCUUGCGAACCAGAUGAUUUGAAGAGAAUCAUUGGAAGGAAAAAGCAUAGAAACAAGGGUGUUACUUGCUAG